GUGAAUGGGCGGGGCAACUGUGGGGGCGGGGGUGGUGCCGGCACCGCAAGUCUGGCUCCAGACGCCUCGGGACGAGGAAGAAGAGGAACAUGGGAGCUCGCAGAAUGGAAACAGACUGUAAUCCCGUGGAUCUAAGCAGUAUGUCUGGAUUCGAAGAAGGCUCCGAGCUCAAUGGGUUUGAAGGAACAGAUAUGAAGGACAUGCAGCUGGAGGCUGAGGCCGUUGUCAACGACGUUCUCUUUGCUGUCAACAACAUGUUUGUCUCAAAAAGCCUGCCCUGUGCAGACGAUGUGGCUUACAUCAAUGUGGAGACAAAGGAAAGAAACAGAUACUGCCUGGAGCUCACAGAAGCAGGGCUCAGGGUGGUGGGCUAUGCUUUUGACCAGGUGGAGGACCAUUUGCAAACCCCCUACCAUGAGACAGUCUACUCCUUGUUGGAUACGCUCAGCCCUGCCUACCGGGAAGCAUUUGGAAAUGCUCUCCUUCAGAGACUGGAAGCUUUGAAACGAGAUGGACAGUCCUGACUCAUUCUCCUGAGGGGCUGCUGCUGGUAUAGAGUCUCACAUAAGACUUGACACCUUGCAUAUAAUCAUUGUAGAAAGUGCAUCGUUGGCUUUAUGUGCUCACCAUGCCUUCCAUGUAGGCUUUUGACUCACAGCAUAAUUGACUCAUAAACUGUCUUAGUUUCAGAUUCAUUUAAGGGGAUUGUGAGACCAUUGCUCUGACACUGUCAUUCUGAGUUUUACAGACACAGUCACUCUGCAUCUCCAUACCUAAUCAGUACUUCAUUCUCUUAUGACAGGGCUUCAACGCUGCCAGCACUCUCCUUUACAUAGAAAAUUCUAGAUUUGCACAGUGAUAUAGAAAUUAGAAUCACUUAACUUGAGACCUGGAUUCAGCCUGCUAAAUCAGGGGUUUACUACUAGCUUGGACUGAUGUUGUAGUGGUUAUUUUGUUACUGGCCUUAUUGGAAACAAACCGUCAACUGCACAAAUUUUGAGAUUUACUGCUCUACUCAAUCUACUUACCAAACGGACUGAUGAAGAUGAACUGCUUAUCUGUUACGUAACUAGGAUAAAAUGAAAGGCAGGGCAGAAAUAAUUCUCUAUUCCUUGUUUGCAACAGCCAGCCAACCUAGAUGGACAGACCAUUAGCAAAUGAAUGUAUCAGUUACUCAUCUCCACGCUAUCUAAGCACAUGAGCAAAUAGAGGACCAGGCCCCACCUCAGCCUCCGCUGUGGACAAGGAAGAGGAUCCUGGUUUCCCUGGAAACCGUAUCUUGGCCUGUGUUGGUUCUUACUCCGAACGUUUGUUUACAAUGUACAGUAUAUAUAUGCACAUGUAUAUUCAGAAAGUAUUUUUGCUUCAAUGCUUCCCUUUCUAUAAAGCCGUGCUUUGGUAUUCCUACAGCACCCUUCCUCCCAGCAGUUGGGCAGGGCACUGUCCCAUUGCCACAUGAACAGUGUAUCAUGAGUGCAUUGUAUGGUUUGAAACCAAAGGACGAAUGAAGCAUUCAGAAACUUGAUAUUUAAAAAAAGAGAUGCUCUGUAUUUUAUAUUUUAUUACAGUUCCUGGUGUUUAUAAACUUAAUAAAAGUCCUCCAUGCUGCUGCAUGUUUUCCAGUAUGUGACAAACAGAGAGAACCUGGGCGUCGUUCUUUUAGUCGUCACCCACAGCAGCUGCUUCAGGAAUGACUAGCCGCCGUCUGCGUCGGGCGCACCUUCGUACACUGGUCAGCAGCAGAUGUCCUGUCGUUAGUUUCCAGUAGGCAUUUUUAGCCUCUGAAGACCAUGGGAGGGAAGGUGACAGGUAGAGCCCUUUCCUGUCGUGGGUAAGCACCAGGUUCAAUCCUGAGGAUCAAAACAGUUUUAAAAACUCAAAAUGGGGGUUGGAGAUUUAGCUCAGUGGUAGAGCACUUGCCUAGGAAGUGCAAGGCCCUGGGUUCGGUCCCCAGCUCUGAAAAAAAAAAACAAAACAAAACUGAAAAUGAUCGUGUGGACCAGGCCUGGCAGAGUUCCAUCCACAUUACUGACGCCAUCAAGAGUCCACUGGGUGUUUGGAUCUGACUUUGCAGGGCACUCGUUCUGCUGUGAAAUCCGGGUGCCUGCAGCUGUGCGCAGUGAGGCCCAACCACAGGCUGAGCUUUCUCUUGCUUAAUCUCAGGCUAAUAGUUAAAAAA